AUGGACGUCGAACAGACUCUGGCGAAGCUCAGCCUGGAUGAAAAGAUCGAGCUACUCUCCGGCGUGGACUUUUGGCACACCAAAGCCAUUCCCCGGCUGAACAUCCCGUCGCUUCGCAUGUCCGAUGGUCCCAACGGGGUACGAGGAUCCCGGCUGUUCAACGGCGUGCCUGCAGCUUGCUUCCCGUGUGGCACCGCCCUGGGUGCGACGUGGGAUACAGACCUGAUCCGGGCGGCUGGGGUAAUGAUGGGCAAGGAAGCCAUUGCCAAAGCCGCCUCCAUCCUCCUCGGGCCGACCAUCAACAUCCAGAGAUCGCCGCUGGGCGGCCGCGGCUUCGAGAGCUACAGUGAAGACCCGGUGCUGGCCGGAAACCUGGCGGCCGCCAUGGUCGCCGGCAUCCAAUCCACCGGCGUGGUGGCGACGCCCAAGCACUUCGUCGGCAACGACCAGGAGGAGCAACGCCAAAGUUCCAACUCGGUCAUCUCGCCCCGCGCCCUGAGGGAGGUGUACCUGCUCCCCUUCCAGAUUACCGAGAGGGACGCCCGGCCCAUGGCCUACAUGACCUCUUACAACAAGGUCAACGGCAUUCACGCCAGCGAGAAUGUCGAGCUCCUCCAAGGCAUCCUCCGCCAGGAAUGGGGGUUCGACGGCCUGGUGGUCAGCGAUUGGUUCGGCACCUACUCGGUCGCCGAGGCCAUCAAUGCCGGUCUGGACGUGGAAAUGCCCGGUCCGACACGCUGGCGCGCCGGGUUGGCCAAGUUGUCCGUCAGUUCGCGCAAGAUUGCCGAGCCCGUGAUCGACGACCGAGUCCGCGCGCUGCUGAAGACGAUCGACCGGGUAUCGGGCCUGGGCAUCAGCAUCGACACGCCCGAAACCACCGUCGACACCCCCCAGACGGCGGCCAAGCUCCGGGAAAUCGCGGCGGCCGGGACCGUCCUGCUCAAGAACGAGGGCGGUGUGCUGCCUCUGCGCAAAGAGAAGACGACCGCGGUCAUUGGGCCCAACGCCGCGUUUGCCGCAUACAGCGGAGGCGGGUCUGCCCGGCUGCGGCCGUACUACGCGGUGACGCCGCUCGAGGGGAUCCAGGCCUAUGUGCCAUCGACCCGAUACGCUCUCGGGGCCACCAACUACAAGAAAUUGCCCAUGCUGUCGGCGCUGACGGUGGCGCCCGACGGGAGCCCCGGCAUGGAAAUGCGCAUCUACCUCGACCCGCCGUCGCAGCCGCACCGAGUGCCAGUCGAGGCUUUCAACAUCACCGAUUCGACGUGCUUCUUGAACGACUACAAGCAUCCGGCCAUCGGCACCAACCUCUUCUACGCCGAGGUGGAGGGAACCUUGGUGCCGGACGCCGAUGCCGACUACCUCUUCUCCCUGACGGUGAACGGCCUGGCCCGGCUGUAUGUCGACGGAGAGGAAGUGGUGGACAACGAGACGGUGCAGCGGCCAGGCGAGUCCUUUUUCGGGUCCGGGUCGGCGGAAGAAAUCGGCCGCAAGUUUCUGAAGAAGGACCGGCCGGCCAAGGUUCUCGUCCAGUUCACCACGGCGCCGGCGUCCAAACUGCGUCGGGCGGGCGCCACGCAGAUGGGCGUGGGCGGGGUGCAGAUCGGGGGCUGUCCGCAGACGGACGCGGCCACGUUGCUGUCGGCCGCGGUCGACCUGGCCAAGCAAGUCGACCAGGUGGUGGUCUGUAUCGGACUGAACUCGGAGUGGGAAUCCGAGGGCUGGGACCGACAGACCAUGGAUCUCCCUCCGGGCUCGGACGCGCUGGUCGAGGCGGUUGCGGCCGUCAACGCCAACGUGGUCGUCGUCAACCAGUCGGGCACGCCCGUCACCAUGCCGUGGGCCGACCGGGUCCCGGCCAUCGUGCACGCGUGGUAUGGAGGCAACGAGACCGGCAACGCCAUCGCCGACGUGCUGUUUGGCCAGGUCAAUCCGAGCGGCAAGCUGUCUCUGAGCUGGCCCAUCCGCGUGCAAGACAACCCGGCCUAUAUCAACACGGCCGUGGAUGACGGGGAUGUGCUGUACGGCGAGGGCAUUUACGUCGGCCACCGCUGGUACGAGAAGACGGAGAGGGAGGUUUUGUUUCCGUUCGGUCACGGUCUUUCAUACACGACCUUUGAGUUGCGCGACUUGGCUGUGGGGGUUGAUGGAGAGAGCAAGAGCGAGGUCAAUAACACAAAUAAGACCAAUCCGGCCCUGGGUGCGAGCAAGACUCCCAAGACAUUGACCGUAUCAGGAGAACUCGUCAACACGGGCGACCGACCAGGCGCCGAAGUGGUGCAAGUCUACAUGUCGUUUCCGACAUCGACGGUGCCGCGACCAGUGAAGGAACUGAAAGGCUUCAGGAAGAUAUGGGUUGGUGUGGGUAAAGAAGAUGGUAUCAAGCGAUUCCAAAUCCACCUCGACCCCAAAUACGCCUGCAGCUACUGGAGCGAGACGAGCAAGGCUUGGGUUCUGGAACGAGGCACCUACCAUGUCCUCGUGGGCACGAGCAGCAGGAGCAGUCAAGUUCGCCAGGCUGGAGUGUUUGAGAUCGGUCAGACGAGUCGUUGGACCGGGUUGUGA